UUUUUCUUUUUUAAAGAUUAGGGUGGAAGCUGUCAUCGUAAUGGUAAUUCAUAGCUGGGUAGCCAUGGUGAAGUCAAUUUCCCCCUCCCUCUGCCACUGCUGAAUGCAUUAGUCUAAUGAGAUGUCUGCAGCCUGUGUGCCGAGCAGCAGCAGCAGCAGCAGCAGCAGCAGAGGCAGCAGUGUGUUAACCAAAAGGGGGGACGAGGAAAAAGCCACACACAGCAAGAGCAAGAUGGCUUUGCCUUCAUUGUUAGGGAUCUAGCUUUAUGGUCACCUUUAGGCUCCUGGGAUUUAAGACAAAAGGGCUUGGCUCUUGGGUUUUCACAAUAGAAGACAGCAGCUCCAAAUGAGUGUACCUGCAGCAACGGCACAGAAAUCAGACGGCAACAACAGUGAAAUGCAAUCAGCUGCAGUGGCUCCCUCCUUCAUCCCCAGCCAGUCGGGGAAGAUACCGGGCAGGAAGAGAGGGAGACCCCCGCUCCGCAAUGUCGCCAAGAUGGAUUUUCCAAACCGUUACCCUGAAUCGCUCCCUCCACUCAAAGUGCCAAAGAAGAGGGGGAGAAAGCCGGGCUUCAAGCUCAAACCCAGGAUGGUGAUGACACCGUUGGCUAUCUCUCCACCCAGCAGCACCCCUGAGCCCGAUAUGAGCUCCAUUCCUCAGGAUGCUGCCACCAUCCCCCACUCUGCCACGCCCCAGGUGCUCACAGUCUGUAUCUACAUCAACAAACAGGCCAACACUGGCCCCAACCUGGACAGGAAGAAGAUCCAGCAGCUCCCCGAUCACUUCGGACCCGACAGACCCUCUGUGGUGCUGCAGCAGGCGGUCCAAGGCUGCAUCGACAGCGCCUUCCAGCAGAAAACAGUGUUCACUCUCCUCACGCAAGGCUACGGGGGAGAAAAAAUAUCAGCCACAUUUGAUGGGAAGCAGCACCUCCUCAGCCUCCCCGUGGUGAACAGCAUCGACUAUGUGCUCCGCUUUCUGAAGAAGCUCUGCCGCAGCUUGCACUGUGAAAACCUCUUCAGUGAUCAGCCCAUUACCCAGCACAGUGGUGGCUCCUACCAGUCGGAUGCUGAAACAUCGAUGGCCGAGGACUACCACUUAGACCAGUCUGACGGCAAACGCUACUCCGUGGACCCCGGCGAUUCUGCUUUCAGCUCCAUAAGCUCGUCCUACUCGCCAAAGUCCUCCUACGGGUUUCGUUCGUCACAGCAGUUCUCCAAUGGCUCGGCCUCCAUGAGUAUGUGCAGGCAGUCGUCCACCAGCCCAAACACGUUCCCCGAGAGCAACAGGACAGGAGGUUAUAAUGCAUCUACAGAGCCCCAGGAGUCCAAGGCUCCACCCAAUAAAGACCCAUCCACCUGGUCUGUGGAAGAUGUUGUCUGGUUCAUCAGGGAUGCGGACCCACAGGCUCUCGGCCCUCACGCAGACGUCUUUAGGAAACAUGAGAUCGAUGGAAACGCUUUGUUACUCCUAAAGAGCGACAUGAUCAUGAAGUACCUCGGACUGAAGCUGGGGCCGGCCUUGAAGCUUUGCUACCACAUCGACAAACUAAAGCAGACUAAGUUCUGAAAACCCUCUACGAUAUAUUUCCCCUCCUUGAGUCCAACAAUACAUUUGAAAAGGGACCCCAGGACUGUGGGCCAACGGGAAGAGAGGAGGGUCCGCAAGCAUGAGGUGCAUCACAAAUAGGUUGCUACUUUUAAGGUUAAAUGAACUCAUUUGUGCUCAGAAGGAGCAGGUAACAGUAACUUCUUUGUAAAAGUAUGCUAUAGGUGAACUAAAAAGUCCAAGACAGCCGCACAAAGAGUGACAUCAUCAAGUAAUACUGCGCAGAUACAACUUUAUCUUCAGUCGUUUAUGAAUCUGUUGCUAACAAAACAUUAGCAUUUUAACAUUAGCAAGAUGUGGAAAAGUAGGCGGAGAGUAGGGUCCAACUUAAUGCUUACAUUAUUGGGUUAACGUAAAUGUUAGCUUCUUCUAACAGGGAACAGGUGUUAACAUAACAUUGAAAUAGCAUCACCGUUUAAGCUGAUUUGGCUAACUUGUCAAAUCCAGCUGUUACGAAGCAAUAUUAGCUUAAUUUAGAGACAUGUUUCUAGUCACCUGAUCAAUGUAAGUCUAAUUCACUCUUGUUUUACCUCUGUUUUGGUCUUCACUGACUCCUGAGGGAAAUAUUUGUCUCUUUAGCUGCUGAACGCUCUACUAAGUUCACUAGCUUGUUGCUAACUGUGCGUGUCUGUUGUGUGGUGCUGAGCAGGUGGUGUACUGUGGGUUUUUAGAGCUUUUACUUUGCUGUGACCAAAAACAGCGUGAGUGGUGAGAAUGAACCAAAACAGUAAAUUUAAGGACCCGACAGCGUCCCCUAACGAGCUGAAACCUGCUAUAAUGCUCUGUUGAGCCGAGGCAACUGCAGAUUCAGUAGGUUCAUCACUAUGACUAUGAUACUACUUUGCUUUUACAUUUCCACUGAUUUAUUAUUGUCAUUCUAGCUACUUUAAGGGUCUGAGUAGGGAUGUAGGGAACGACAAAUUCCCCUAAUAUUUAAACUGAGGUUUAAACUUAAACUAGUUAACUAGUCUAAAAGUAGGAAACACUCAGAAAACAGUCGACAUGGAUCACAAUUUAAUCUUUAAGAGUAAUUGUCCAGAGAAAUAUGUAUUGGUGGUUCCCAACUGGUGGGUUGCGGGUCCAUUCUGAAUGGAAAAUACAGGCUUUAUUUUAAAGUACAUUGAAUUUCUCGCACAGCUUUUAUUUUUAAGAGGUGUUUCCUGCUAUAGAGUAAGUGACUAAUGGACAGCUACUUAACAGAGACAAACUAGCUUGACGACAUAGCCAAAAGCAAGUGUGACGCUAAAUAUAUUCAACUGUGUGGACCUUGAAUCUGGUCCCUGUGACUGGACCAGUUAGGAACUUCUGGUCCAUAUUAAAAGAGCUAUUUGAAAUUCUUAAUCACAUUUUGUAAUAACCAAAUUGUGUGUUAAAGGCCCCUGAAAUAUGUGGCACUUUGCACUGUGUAUUAUGAACAUUGCAUAUUAUCCUACAAAAUAUGGCAGCUCACUAAAUAAAAGUUAACAAUGACGUUUUGAAAACAAUCUUUAGGAAACAUGCCUGCACUCGCAUAAAAUGAUAACAGUUUAGACCAACUAGUAUUUCUAGGGCAGACUAGCAUGGGUAGUGUGUUUAAUCAACUCUGCAACGGAUGCACAUCCCUAGUUUUGAGCAGAGAAACAUUCAAAUCUGGUUGAGUAAAUGACGGAGGGGACUGCUAAAGGAAGUGACACACCUCAUACCUGUAAACCUACCCUCUUUCCCUUGGCUCACAGACUUUGGGUCGUCAGACGUGAGGUCCACAGUCGUUGGACCCUUUCGGUACAUUUUACUGAAGAUUUCCAUGAUGUCAUGUAGUGAUAAUCACAAAUUCACCCCUCUCUUUUUCUCUCUUUACUUACUUACUCUACUUUUGGCACAGAUUUUGAACUAAAAACCAUCAGAUUGUGGAAUGCAUCCUUCAUACACGUUAACAUUAUGUAACCAGUAAAAGAAGGCCAGUGUAAGGAAAGGUGUUUGUCUCACAAACCUUCAUGAGCAGCACAUCUGUCUGCUGCAUGCAGAUUUCAUAAUAUAUAUAUAUACAUAUAUAUAUAUUCAUCAUCUGACAAGAAAUGUAUAACAGAAAACACUUUAUACCUUAAGGAACUCUCACUUUGUCAGAUCUCACCAUAGGAUCUUGUUUACCCGUGUUUACCGAGCUGAAAACAUAUCUAUAACUGUACUGAGAAACGGUGCAUUAAAUACUACAUUGCUUUUUAAUUGAGAGAUUUAGAAAAUCAUUUUGAUACUAUUUUUUCACAUUACUGUGUAACAAGAAAAGUAAUGUUCCCAUUGGAUUUUUGUCAUUCUUUUUUUAUUAUAAUUUUAAUAUUAAAAAACAAUAUAACCUAAACAAAUCAUAGCCUACAUAGAAAGACAGUCGCUCUCGUGUUAGUAUAUAUAAAGAAAAAUGAGAGCAUUGUGAACGUGAUAUAUUUAUGUUUCAAUAUGCAAGAUUGUUACAUGCCAAUUAUCUCCGCAGGCACUUCAUGUGUACUCAUAAGAAGGUUUUUUUAAAUUCAUAUGUUUCUAUGUUUUUAUUGAGCAUCAGUGUUGAUACGGAAGCUGUCAAAACACACGAAACACUUAAAUGUUACACUGAGAAAACUUAAACGGCCAUGUAAAUGGGUAUAUAAUAUAGUAUUGCUUUUGUAUACCACUUUUGGUGUACAGUAUGCAUCCUUUUUUAAUCAAUUAACCUUUGUAAGUGAAUGCUGCUGUAAAGAUACUACAUGUAAGCCAUGCCUAGUGAGAUCAAGCUAAGGUGUUUUAUUUUGAAAAUCACUAUGAAUAAGAGUUUUAGAGAACGCUGAGUGGAUCAGUACUCUAUGCUGGUGCUAAAGUUAUCUAUGUAUUUAACUGUUUGCUUUUGUGUUUGUGAGAUGUAAAGGAAAUCUUAUGUGUAUCCUGUACUGUAUGUGAGCAUUAAAUUAAGAAAUCAAGUAAUGAGA